AUGGGUGCCACACAGAUGCCUGGCCCCAAAAUAAAGUCCGGCCCCGCCGCCGCCACCACCAAGGACAGACCCUCCGCCCCUUCACUGAAAAAGAAAACUGCGACAUCGGCCUCGAAGACAGACGAGACCACCAGCUCUGCGGCCGCCGCCAAACUUCCUCUACGCACCGAACUAGCCAAUGUCGACAUCAUCCACCGUGACGGCGCCGUGCCGAUCGCGCUCCGCGCAUCUACCGCAAGACAAGCAGCCGCCGAUAGGGCCUCGGCGGCCUUCGCGAACGGGAAGCUGACGGGAUGGCUGCCUCCUUCGGCUCUGAGCUUUUCGGGGGAGCCGCAGUGGAGUGGCCGUGGCAAGGCUGAGCGGUGGCACGGCGACGGUGUCCAGCAGAGACCCGCGAGACCGGCUCGAAACAGGAAGGGCGGCAAGAAGCCGAAUACUCGUACGUCGUCGCUCAGUGGUCUUGGGUGUAUGUUGCUUUUUUUGAGCGGCCACCGAUUUUUGGAAGACGCCACCGGUCAGGCCGCCAGCCCCUCGGAUGUGCAGGCCCCGUCGAAGCCCGUUCGGUUCGUAACAUAUACGCCGCCGUCGAACGCUCCGACAGUCAAGCCGAAAGUGAAGCCGCUGGCUGCUGCUGCUGAAGACCCGACCACCAUCGCGUCCCACAGCGCGGCCGAACGGCCCACCAAAGCCAACCGCGGCCAAAAACGCAAGUCAGACGAGCGCGGCGCGCCGACGAGAGGAGGCGCGAGCAAACGAGACCUGACGGGCGUGCCUGCCGUCGUUGCAACGCCCCGGGCGGGCAGGUCGUCCACCGCAACGGACACGGCCAGGGACACGAGCGAGGGACGCCAGGAGGCGCGGCUCUCGCCCUCUUCUGCCCCCGUGGUGGCGGUGCAGGCCCGGAAGCAGACGAAGACGAAGCCAAAGGCAGCUGCAGCUAGCGCCCCCACAGUGUCCCUUGGCGUCCGGGACACCGACCCCGCACUGGCACACCCGAUUGUCCAGAACGCUACUCCGCCGCCGGUACUCCCGUCCAGCACGCCCAUGCCCGCACUCAACCCCACGCCCGCGCCCGCGCCCGCGCCCGCCAGUGGCCCCGCCAUUGCCGCAGACGCACCGCGCCCGGCGGGCGUCCCCGCCGACUCGGACUCGGACUCGGACCCGCUUGCCUCCGCAUCGCUCGACUGGCUCGACGCGCUGCUGGCCCACGCCGACGCGCUGCUCGCACAGGCCACCGCCACGCCCGACAGCUCGUACCCGCCGCAACCGUGGCGGGCCUCGGCGAUGCGAUGACGACGACGGCGGAGGCGGCGGAGGCGGAGGCACCGCUGGGCGACUUUGCACGACUCCCCGCCGCCGCCGCGACAAUGGGCCUCGGCGACGACGCGACACGGCGCCCGCCGG